GAUGGUUUAGGUACAGGACCCGGAUGUUCUACCUCUGGCUUUGCAAAACCUGAUUGGUAAGACCUAUUUGUUCAAGGUGGAAAUUAUGCGAGAAAACUUUGUGUACAAGCAUGACACCUUCAAAGUGAACAAGAUAAUCACCAAUCUCGCUAUUAUCAAUGAGUUUGACACACCCAAGGCCCCAAAGGAACCAAGCACGCAGAUCAGUAGGGGCCAUGAAUAUUCGAUUGUCUCCGACGCACCAGAGGGAUCCUUAAUGUUGUUGGAAGAAGGGUCGUCGCAGGAAGGCUUUCCGAGUGAGCUAACCCCUGCUAAGCGUCGAGGAGGACCUGCCGUGAAUCUGGAGGAAGAGUUUGAUCAGAACUCGGUUACAAAAACCGGCAUCAGUACACGAGUCAAGAAGGAGAAGGUUGACAAAAGUGGCUAG